AUGAGUGGUUCCGAGGUCUUAGAAAGUUUAGAUAAACUUCAAACUGAAAGGUCUCUUUCUUAUAUAAUUGAAAAUGACCAAGAUUAUGGAAGCAAAUUAUCAAAACUAUUGGCAUACAAUUCUUCAGGAGUUCCCAUGUUAGGAAUAAAUAAUAUCAGAUUUCAUGAAAAGGUGGAUGAAAACAUGUCUGAAAUGGAAUCUUUUAUUGAAGAAUUUAUUUCAAAAUCCAAAAUAAUAGAUGGUUCAAAAGUACAAUUUAAUGCACAUAAAAACAUUGAGACUAUAAUAGAAUGUGGGGAGUUUGGUAAAUAUGAAUAUACAGAUACUAAUGAUUUCAUGAAAUCAGAUGAAAGCCAAAACUCCACACAGAAAACUUAUGAACUUGAAAAAAACAGAAUCAUAAACAUUACUGAAAAUGAAAGCAAAGAUCUAAGUGAGAUUUUGAACUCUAAUGAAAAUAAGAAUGAAUAUAGAAACGAUGACACAAUUGAUGAAAAGGAUGAAGAAUUAGAAGAGUGUUUACAAAUUAUAGACACCAUUCAAGUACCGGAGAAAUCAACAAUAGAAGAACAAAUAACUAGCAAGAGCUCUAAUAUGUCUUCCAAUCCCUUAAACUUGUACUUCGAAAACAUAUAUGAGAAAAGCUUUAAUACCUUGUCCAAGACACUGGCUUUUGACCAAUUUGAUAGGGACUUUGAUGCUGGUGAAUAUUCAGAUUUUGAUUUAAACUGCUCCUUUGAGUUAAAUAACAAAAGCCAGGAGAUUUUGAACAUUCAGGACAUGGGUUCAACAGUAGAAGUGACUUCGUUGGAACUUGAACCUAAACCUGAGCCUGAGCCUGAAUUUGAACUUGAACCUGAGCCUAAGCCUGAGCCUAAGCCUGAGCCUGAACCUGAAUUUGAACCUGAACCUAAACCUGAGCCUGAGCCUGAGCCUGAGCCUGAGCCUGAGCCUGAGCCUGAUCCUGAACCUGAACCUGAAUUUGAACCUGAACCUGAACUUGACCUUGAGUCUGAGUCUGUAUCUGGGCUUGAGCUUGAACUUGAUCUUGAGCUUGACCUCAAACCUGGGCCUGAAUCUGGAUAUAAACUUGAACACAAACUUAUACAUGAAUAUUCGUUCGAGAAGAAUGAGGAACUCAAUGGAACAAGGACAGAAAGCUACUUACCUGAGAUUAAUGAGACUUUGAGACUUACUGAUGAGAUACCAAUAGUGAAUAAUGAAAUCUUUAGUAAUCAAGAGGAAAACAAUGCAUUUAGUUCAAGUAGUGAAAAGAAAUGGAGAAUGAAGAUUGAGAGUAUAAUGAAAAAUAAUGAUAAAAGUUCUAAGAAUAUCUGCUAUACUGCUAGUAUGGGAGGAAGCAUAUUUUCAAAGCAUGAAGAAAAUGGAGAGAAUAAUAACUAUAAUAGUAAUCUUUACCCCAGGAACAAUAUUCUAAGAAAUGAUACUACCAUUAUCACAAAUAAUAAUGCUAUUGUUGGUGAGAAUCAUACUACCAAAAAUAAUAAUUUUGAUAAUAAGCAGAGUCUAUUAAGCAACAGAGACUUAAAAAUAGGCGUAAUUAAAGAAAUUGAACGAGAACUCAGAGAGUGUAAGCUUUCUCUAAAUGUCAUUAAAGAAAAUCAGAAUUUGAUGAGAGGUAUUUGUAAUGCAGAUUUGAAUAGUAAAGGAUUUGACUCUAACUUAAACCUGAACCUUAAUCUUGACCUUGAGCCUGAUCUAAAUCUACAAACAGAUCUGGACCAAGACUUUGGCUCAGAGUGUGAUUUUGAGGUUCAACAAGACUCAAAUAAUGAGUUUAUCCAGCAAACUAACCCUGGAAACCACUAUAAUAUGCCACUAAUACCUCAAAAGUACUCGUAUACAGACCUAAAGACUCAGCCCAGUAUUUUCUCUUUUGAAACAAACAGAACAAGUCUUGAAGCUUCAUUAGAGAUGGAAGUUAGCCACAACAAUCAAAACAGCAAAAAACAUAUUAGUAGUCAUGAAACUAGAGAAUUUGAUUCAAAACUACUAAAUAAUUUUAAGAUGCCAAACCAAGAGAUAAGUUUCUCCGAGUUAAAUAGUUAUAAUGACGAUUACAAAAAAACCCAGUUCGAAGAUUUAUCUGGUUUAACACAAACUUUGAAUUUAUCAUGUGGGGUUGAGGAAACAACUUUUCAGUCUGAUAUUGUCAAGACUCCAGAAAACAUUAUCACUGCAAUUAAAUUGCUUGCCGUAGUUAGAGAUAUUAAAAGGCAAAUUAAGAUGAUUAAAAGUCAGCAUAAUUAA